CAGAUGUAGUGCCCAUAUUUAGGAUUACACUCAAAGUUUGUUCGCUAUGGCGAGUGUUUUAGACCGGCCUGUGUUGGUCGUUGAAGGUCACGAAGCUGAGGAUGGUAUACCUGAUAUGACCGUUAUUAGCGACCUCACUGAGGAAGGAAUAUGCACCAAUCUCAAAGUCCGCUAUCUGCAUGACCAAAUUUAUACAUACACAGGUGACAUACUGGUAGCCACUAAUCCAUACAAGGACCUGGGACAAUACUAUGAAACGGACACGGUAUUUCGCUAUCACGGGAAGAAGCUUGGUCAGUUACCUCCACACAUCUACGCCAUUGCCGAAUCUACGUAUGCCAAUCUGAUGAAGGAUAAGAAGAACCAGUCUGUCAUCAUUAGUGGUGAGAGUGGAGCCGGCAAGACGGAAAGCACCAAAUUCAUUCUGCAGUACCUUUGUUCUAUCACCUACGAUGUAUCAACAUGGAUUGAACAACAGAUUCUUGAGGCUAAUACAAUCUUGGAAGCUUUUGGUAAUGCCAAGACUGUACGCAAUGACAACUCCAGCCGGUUUGGCAAGUUCGUGCAAGUGUGUUUUGACAAAUCAAAUCAUAUUAGCGGAUGUGUUGUGCAAGACUACCUCUUGGAACAAUCAAGACUUUCCUUCCAAUCCGUCAAUGAGCGGAACUACCACAUCUUCUAUUAUCUGGUCGCUGGUGCUCAAGUGAACAAAGACCUAGCUAGCCAGUUCAUGAUUGGUGAUCUUGGUGUCUAUACUUACCUAAAUCAGUCUGGUUGUGUGUCAUUAGAUGGCGUCAAUGAUGCCCAGAGAUUUGACGAACUCCGCCUUGCCUUAAAUAUGCUCAAUGUGUCAGAACGAAUGACAAACGGAUUAUUCAGUACACUCUCAGCCAUUUUGUGGAUCGGGAACUUGACAUUUGAAGAUGUUGAUGGUGAGAAGUGUCAGUUGACCCAAAAAGAUCGCAAGACAAUGAGUAGGAUUUCCCGCUUGCUGGGUGUGUCCAUGCCAGAGUUGGACAAGUUGGCGAUCACAAGGCAGCUGGUAGUGAAAGGUUCGGCCACUGAUAUUCCUCUCAAAGUCCAUGAGGCUCGUGAUAAUCGACAUGCGAUGGCGAAGGCACUGUAUUCGCGCAUAUUCACAUGGCUCAUCGACCACAUCAACAACUGCACGAAUCCUGGCAAGGAUGCUGAGCGAUUCAUUGGGGUGCUAGAUAUAUUUGGAUUUGAAAACUUUUAUGUUAACAGUUUUGAGCAACUAUGUAUCAACUAUACAAAUGAGAAGCUCCACCUGUUCUUUAAUCAGUAUGUCUUUGCCAUGGAACAACGUUUGUAUGAAGAGGAGGAGAUAGAAUUUGCUCACAUCAACUUUACUGAUAAUACGCCUUGUGUAGAGCUUGUUGAUAAGCCUCCCAGAUGUAUCUUGAAGAUAUUGGAUGAAGAAUGCAGGUUUCCACAGGCCUCUGAUCAGACCUACGUAAACAAGCAGCACUCAGAGUUUGAAGAUCACCCCUGCUACCUCAAAGGGUCUGACCAGAGGAGGUGGGAGGUUGAAUUUACAAUCAAACAUUAUGCAGGGCCAGUGGCUUACUGCGUCUUGGGCUUCCUCGAUAAGAACAAAGAUUCACCACAGGAUGGCUUCACAGAGCUGAUGCAGGUGGCGAAGAACCCUUUUGUGCGGGAACUGUCCCGAUAUCAGGAUCUGCUGGAUAGAAAGUUAAACUCAGUGUGCGGUAAACGCUCAUUGCCUCGAGGGUCAAAGGCGAAACCAACUGUUGGAGAUACAUUCCGUCAACAACUGUCAGCUUUAGUUGACAUGCUCGAUACUACCAACCCAUGGUAUGUGAAAUGUGUGAAACCAAAUGAAGAGAAACGUCCGCAGUGCUUUAGUGAUGAACUUGUACUGCUGCAACUCAGAUACUCUGGCAUGAUGGAGGUGAUUCGAAUCAAAAAAGAGGGCUUCCCAGUACAUGUUCCCGCCAGCACAUUCCUCACAAACUACCGGUGCCUCAUCGAUGGCCAGCGGUUACCGGUGGAUGAGAAGGAGGCUGUGUCGGCCAUCAUGUCCUCGCUACAUCUGCCAAAGACGGAAUGGCAGAUUGGCAGAACAAAGGUCUUCCUACGCAACAGCGUCUUUGAUCCCCUGGAGGAUAGGAGAAAACAGUUCCUGAGCAAAAAGGCAGUAAACAUACAGAAAAACUGGAAGGGGCAUCUAUGCAGAAAAGCCUUUCGACGAAAGCAAUGGGCGGCGCUGGUGAUUCAGACCAAGUUCAGGGGUACGCGACAAAACCUUGCCUUUCUCAGGGAGAAGAGAGCUGUGAUCACUAUUCAGUCCUAUCUGCGUGGUAUGUUUGCACGUGAAGUUGCUAACGAACUUCGUCGUCAAAAGAAAAUGGAAGAAGAGAAAAAACGGCAGGAAAAAUUGGAACAGGAUCGACUGGUGCGGGAAAAGGAGGCAGCACAUGCGCUCUCGAAUGAUCACUCUUUAGCAGAUUCCCAGCGUACCCUAGAAAGUCUCACUCAAAUGAUAGAAACCAAUCUUGCUCAACACGAUGUAACUCCGACCAACUCCCAGGCGAUGGAUCUGGACGAAAUCUUUAACUUCCUUCAGCCAGCGGAAGAACAGACACAGCAGAUGAAGGAGGAUUAUCUUCGACAGAUUAGCAGCGAGUUUGACAAUGCUCUCAAGGAUUCAGAUUUCGAAUCGAGUGAAACAGUGAAGUCGCCAAAGAAAGCCAUGAAAAAGUUAGCACCAAUAGCUGUGGUCACAAUGAAUGGCGACAUCACAGAAAACCACACCGCUGAAACUUCAAGUACUGAGCACGAUAAUGAGAUCGAAAACAACAAUGACGCUGGACUUGAAAGUCGCGAUAUGCGACGCAAACAGCGUGUGGAGAAAAAGUUACAAGAAAUGGAACAGUGGGAGCAGGAAGUGGUCGAGAAACGGGAAAGGACAGAGUCAGACACAAAGGAUUAUGAUAUGUUGGACUUUGCUGAGAGAUAUUUUAACGUCCAUUUGAAAGAUCCAGGGGGUACGGUAAUGAAGACUUUGACGAGGAGAAGAAAAUCAUUAGGGGAACUGGUGUCAAAGGCCGACCUCAUCAAGUACUGCAAAGGUGGUGCUAUCUACACUUCUCACAUCCAUCUCCAUGAUCCAGAGAACGUCAAUAUUGCGUGCAAUAUUUUCAAGGAUUUGUGUAAGUACAUCAGAGGAGAAGUAAAGACCGACUUCAUCAACUUGACUGUGCAGAGUAUUGUGGCUUAUGGAAUCGAGCGGCCAGAAUUGAGAGAUGAGAUUUACUGUCAGAUCAUCCGACAGACAAACGAUAAUCCGAGUAAAGAUGGCCUCAUUAAGGCGUGGCAUGUCAUGUGUCUUUGUUCUGUUUCAUUUUCUCCAAGCAAGACCUUAGCCAAGUACCUCAUGGGAUACCUCAAAAAGAACACAGAAGACGAAGUGAUAGGCAAAUAUGCCAGUUUCUGUGUGACACACCUCAAGGUGACCCGGGUCAUGCCCAGGAGAAUGCAUCCAUCCACCAUGGAGAUAAAUGCUAUCAGGAAUCUAUCACCAAUAGUUUGUCGAAUAUACUUCUUGGAUGGUAAAACCAAGGCUUUGGGCUUCCAACCCUGCGAUACUGUGACAGAAGUGUUAGAUAGAAUGGCUGAGAAGAUCGGACUGCAAAGUCUGGAAGGAUGGGCGCUCUAUGAGGUGACGCCAGAUCGGGAACGGUAUUUGCGAGGAUUUGAAUUUCUUGCUGAUGUUAUGUCUCAGUGGGAACUUGAAAACCGCUCAUCUACCCAGCUCACCAAAUAUCAGACAGUCUCGAAGAAGAGUGGUUAUGACCACGCACUAGGGGGAGGUGAUGCUAAAUUUUUCUUCCGUAAGCGUGUAUUCAAGCAUAUAAAGGAUGUCUGUAAUGACCCAGUGGAAUAUCACUUACUUUAUUCACAAGCUGUACAGAGUGUAGUUUUGCUUGAUGAAUAUGCAGUGCCUGAAAAACUAGCAGUACAGUUGGCAGGUCUUCAGGCUCAGGUUGUCCUCGGCAACUAUGAAGAAGGGAAAGAAGACAGGUAUGAAGACAGUGACCAGUAUCUAUGCAAGCGAAUCAUAAGUAGUGGUAAAAAGAACUGGAGUAAGGAGAUAGAACAAGCACAUCAGCAUUAUGGUAGCGGUAAAUCAGAGCUAGAGGCCAAGGUGUGGUACCUUACAUGUGUAAAGCAGUUCCCUCUCUAUGGUUGCACUAUGUUCCCAGCCGUUUACAAAGGCCAAUGGUCACAUGGCCCUGAUGUCCUCAUCGCGAUAAACAUGGAUGGUGUAAAAUUCAUCCGGCCAAAGGACAAGCUGAUAAUCCAGGACUGCCGCUAUCAGGAUAUAGAGUCCAUUUCGAUAGAUUCUAUCGACAAUUAUGUGACGUUUGAGGUGAAAAAUAGCGCGGAAGGAUUACAUCGCUCAUACAUGUUUGAGAGUGUGUGCAAGGAUGAUAUAGGAAGUUUGAUAGCCAGCUAUUGGCCAUCAUUAGCAGGCUGGCUUAGACACGGCACAGAACCUUAUCCAAAGCAGCCAAUGAAGGUGACCGAAGACGACAGGCUCAAACUGUUUGAUGAUGUCCUAUCAUGUCGGCGGAUCCUAAUGGAGUCUAAUCUACUGCAGAAGCCUUCCCAUGAAGGAGUCGGAUUUUUCAAAAACACACUCAGGAGAUUAAGUAGAAGUAGACUAGAAAAGUUAAAGGAGAGUGAUGACCCAGAGAACGACUUCAAGGUCAGCUACUGGUCUUACACCAAGACUCCAAUGAAGCAGGCUAUUGCAAUCUUCAAAGACCCAGAGUUGGAGGAUAUAGCUGUCAAGAUGUUCAACUCAACGCUUAUCUAUGCAGGAUUAGACCACUCUGCUAACCUGCAGGGCGAUGAUCACCUGGGUGUUAUUCAAGUCUUGCUGACCAAGUGUCAGGAAUCUGAGGAACUAUGCAACGAAUUCUAUCUCCAGCUCAUAAAGCAAACCACUGAUCAUCCUGAUCCCAACAGCCGAGUGAAUGUUCGUAACUGGCAGCUGUUGGCCAUGUCCACUUCAACAGUAUUGCCCUGCGACCAGAACAUUAUUAGCUACCUCCAAGCCCACCUACGUAAAUGUGCUGUGGAUAGAAACACCGACGAAGGCAGGUUUGCUGUCUUUUGUCAAAAGUGCCUGAGUCGAAGUCUUGAAAGACAGGUUCGAAAAUACCCGCCAUCAUAUAGUGAGAUCUCCUGGGUCAUACAAAGAAAGCAAAUCCAUGAGAAAAUCCAUUUCCUCGAUGGGCAACAUCGCCUGUUGGAGUUUGAUUCUGUUACUACUGCUGAAGAGGUGGUGAAAUUGGUUAAGCAAAAGAUUGGCAUGAGAUUGGAUGCAAGGGGCUGGUCUAUAUAUGAAGUGUUCGGACAGUUAGAGAGAAACAUGAUGCCUGACGAUAGUCUAGCUGAUGCAAUGUAUAAAUGGGAGAAGUGGGCAAGGACAAACAAGUCACAAAAAGAACUCAAGUUUACUUUUAAGAAACGUUUGUUUGUGGACCCUUUCGUUAAUCACCAGGACCAGGUCGAGAUAGAACUGAUCCACCACCAGUCUGUUAUUGACCUCUUUGAGGAAAAGAUACCCCUCACCCCUCAGGAUGCAGUCCAUCUAUGUGCGCUCAGGUCCCAGUCCGAGUUCGGUGAUGCCCUGCUAGAUGGUGGCAAGUCAAGUUUAGAGGACUACAAUACGGUGACACGAAUCCUACCACGUAACAUCCGCGAGAGUGUGCGAGAGGAUGAUAUCUCUGCUAUGCAUAAAGCGCUGAGUGGUAUGGAUGCAACUCAGGCUAACAUAGCUUUCAUGGAGGUGCUGAAAAACUGGCCACUAUAUGGGGCUACCAUGUUUGAGGUUUCUCAAACGCAUGCCUCGAACCUACCCAAGACAUUGUGGUUUGCUGUUAAUCAGCACGGGUUUCAUCUGCUGGAGGUCAAAGGAUCAAAAAUUCUUGCCUCUUUCAACUACGGGGAUAUCUUUAGCUAUAGUCCUUCACUAAAAAGCCUGAUGGUCAUUAUAGGCAGUGUGACGAAGGGAUCUAAGUUCAUCUUCAAUACAACACAGGCUUCUCAAAUUGCUCACCUGAUGAAAGACUACACGCUAGAGUUGGCACAUAAUCAACGUCAGCGAGACAAUCUCCUGUCUGUUCCUGGCGAAGAUGACCUUUUCCGUCGCCAGCAUCGUGGUGGCACAGGAAGUCGCAAAAGUCGUAGUCGCAGUCCAUCCAGAGAAAGGAUCGAGCGCACACCGCUGCAAAUUUCACGUGAUAGGCUGCAGAGCCGGUCACGAACUCCUUCCCCUGCGGCUGGAAAACGCCACGGCAGCCUACCUAGCUCAACACAUUUAUAGCAAUGACUUUUGUGAUUCUGUCUUAUUUUAACAUUGUCCUGAUUUUGUGAUCUGCUGGCUGCUACCUGGUUGUUCGUUCUUCUCGUUCUACUGAAUGGACUGAAUUGUAAACAUUUGAACAAUCCACUGUAAACCCCUUCACUUUUGCAAGGGGGUACUGCAGCGAACUUAGAGGCUUGGAAGUGUUUAUCUGGAUGGUUUUGUCAUUGCUUACACAACCCUUUCGUAAUAACCUUCCCACCAUUGACCCUGAAUCUGGGUGUCAUCAGCCACAGACACUUGUUGGUACAAGGUUAUAGCUUUUAGCAAAAUGCUCAUGGUUGUGUAUGAAUGUGAUUUCAUCCUGUCUGUCAACAAUGAAAAGGAUUGGCGUUAAAUAAAGUUUCGGCCAGCUUUUAGAAUUUGUGGUUAUGGUAGGACUUGAGGACCAAUGUAUAGAGUUGCCAUCUUCAUUGAAUUUUGAUAAUUAAACCACUAAGUAAUUGUUACUGUUGGAAUGAUUCAAAAUGAUGACCUGUGAGUUGAUGAUAAAGAGGCAUAAUUGUUGGAAGGGUGAAUUUAAUUGAGAGCUUUUUCAUCAGGUGCUGUCACCCAAGAACUUUUGGCGAUUGACAAAUUCCUUUUACAACAUGGUUAUUCCCAAUGGAUUCAGAGCAAUUGCUCUUAUAUACUCUGCAAAGGACAUUCUAAAAAAACAAGACUUUUACUAUUUUUGGUUAUAAUUCCACUGUAAAUAGCAUGAAGCCCAGAUGAAGCGCAAGGUAUCUGUGAUUUAUUUAAAUUUAUGCAAUGAUUAGGUUCUUAAGUCUUGUUACAGAUUGAGGUAUAGGUAAUGUAAACCAUGAAAUAGUCGCUAUUGCCUAUGAACAUAAAAAGCUAGAAAAUUUGAACUACAAUGCAUUAACCAUUUGAUUUCAUCAAUAAAUCCAAUAUUUAAUGGACCGACACUCAAAACUGAGCACAUUUGCCAACUUUAAGCUCCAUGAACUCUUGGUUUGCUGUGCACUGUAGUAGGAAUUGGAACAGAAAUUGUGGCUGGAAUAGCUACGAUUGGUUGCUGGGAAAGGUAAUUUAAUGGUACAUGGCUCACCUUGAUCUGGUUCAUUUAAGAGAUGUUUUGAAUUGGUCUAGAAAGAUUUAAUUUCCACCAGAGAUAGCUAAAAUAUUGAUUUCACCUGGUUUCAAUUUAUCUUGUUAAUGUUAAAGUUUUAAAAGUAAUUCUAAAAAGUGCCAUUCUUUCGUAUUACAUGAUUACGUUUUGAGAAAUAUCCAUUUUUCUUUGGAGCCUUUGGCUUGCUAAAGCUUGGUAAGUUUACAACAUGGUUCCAUGGGAAACUCUAUUCCGACUGCACAUUUUCACAAAUUGUAAAUUUUUCAAGUUCAUACAAUCAUAUAUUGUAUACUCUGCCCACUAUAAGGAAACAGACCUCCACAUAAGCAUUUUUCAUUGCAUUGGAACUUGAUUUCUCCAGGUAUAGGAUACAUUGAAAAUAAGAAAGAAAAAUGUUCAUUCUUUUCAAUGUAAUCAACAACGUAAACUAAGAGAAAUUGUUUCCUUGUGUGGUAUACUACAUCAGGAUUUGGCCACGCAUUGUAGAUUAAGGAUUGGGAGAUAUAGGAGAACCUUUCGGCUCAAUCAUUGACCACAUCAUAUUCACAUAGCAAUUCAUAUCAGUGAGAAUUAAUAAAGUGUCAAUUUGAUUUGGAAGAAGCAUGGAUAAAAUGUCAUGUCGUCACAUAAUGCAUUGCAUAAUGAGAAAGCUUUUCAUCUUGCCACUAUAGAUAAUCAUGAUGACUUCAUAAUAUUUGUGGAUGUUUUGAGUACUGCUCAUGACUUGAUUUCUGAACACCAUAACGAGUUGAUUAGUGAAGAGUACUGGUCCCAAAAUGAUAUUGUGAGUGCAGUGGCAGAGUGUAAGGGUAUCUCAGCGUCACUCUAUCUUCUGAACUGGCCUGAAAUGCCCAAGUGAAGCGCUGUGUCGAUGCUCCAUGGUUUCUAGAGGAGGUUUUCUGGAUUAGGCUGCAGAAGAAGUAUAAGCACAUUGAGAAUGUUAUACCAUUAUAGAGUGCUUUGUAUAUAAAAAAGGUGAAUGAAUUUUUGGUGGCCUGAUGAAUUUAAUUAGUGCUUAGUCACACCAUGCGGCAUUUUGAUACAUGUAGUGUCACAGUAUGAUUUCUAGAAUGAACAUGUAUGUAGUGUACUACUGAUGCAGGCAUCAUUAAUAGAACUGCCCUGUUUUGUUGAAUCUAGGAUAUAAGGGCUUUUUCAUUAAUUGGAUGUUUUUUGAACACCUGAUGAUAAUAGCUUUCUCCAUAGCUACACUAAUAAGCAUUCACUUUCAUUCUUAAUGGAGCGGGGGUCAAAUUAGGAUUUUAUAGCACCGAACACCUUUCAGUGACGGAAUAAACUACUAUCUCAGUAUUAGAUUGUCACUAUCUCCAAAAAUAACAUUACUUUGUACUAUCAUAAAUGUGACCCACUCUACCAAAACUAGGCGCUUGUCGCAUCUGAACUUGACAGGUUGAUACGGACUUGUUGUUCAUUUCCCUAUUGUAGACCUUUUGUGAAAUGUGACCAAAUCAGUUUGUAAUAGAUUUCACAAAAGGUCUACAAUAGGGAAAUGAACAACAAGUCCGUAUCAACCU